GCAAUAGACGUACUUCUCUGAUCAUAUGUUAUUGAUCUGCUUGGACGUACGUCUCUCAUCAUAUGUUACCGAUUUGGGUCAUUUAUCUAGAGGUUCGAACCCCCAGCUAUUGUGUUGAAUUGAAUCGAUUUAUAUUAGAUUCAGGUUUUACUCGAGAAUUUCGUAAUAAUCGUUAUGGAUGUUGAAGAAGAUGAUCAAGUUAUCCGUAAAUCGAGCGUAUCGAUCAACACGAAGAAGAAAUCUGGAAAGAGGAACAUUAUUUCGUUUUUACCGCCGAAGAAGCGAGUUCAUAACGUCGAAGAAUCGCUCGACAGAGUUUACAUGUUCCAUCGUUUGGUCGCGUUCCCUAACGACGAUUUGGCUCUGCAGAAUAAAUUCAACGCGAAGAGAGACCUCAAAUACAUCUGCAACUUUUGCGAAAAACCGUAUUUCAAUCAUAUGAAGAUGAAGCUGCACAUGCUUUUAAACCACGACGUGAAAUAUUGCAAGAUCUGCGAUCUCUUCCUGUUGGACGAGGAAGAUGUGCGGAGACACAACGAGAACGUGCACGCGUAUUGCAAGUGCCAGAUAUGCCAGAAGAGCAUUACUGAAGACCUCGAAGAACAUUACAUGGAAAACCACGACGCGAAGAUCUGCAAGUACUGUCACCAGGUGAUGCGACCUUCUAGCCACUACGAAACGCAUUUACUGGAGAAACACGGUGUCAAGAAGAAUGGUUUAGUCUCGAUGCACGAGGAAAAUAUCAUUGGGAUAUCGGACGGAAUCAAUUUUCAUUGCAACCUGUGCGGACCCGCUUGCAACAAGCUGUUCUUUGGGCACUUCUGUUAUUACCACAAGAUCAACAUCUACGUUCUGGCUGAUAUAUUGAAAAGACUCGACAUCGAGAUCAAGCAGUUCAACACGAUCAAAACGGACGAAUUGGAGAUCAUCGUGGGAAACGAUAAAUUCUGCAAUUUAUGCCCGAAAACCGUUCCCAAAUCAUUCCAUCGAGUCUUCUGCGAAAACUAUCUACCUUGCAAGCUGUGCUUCGAAAUCUUUGAAAACACCGAACUUUUAGCAGAUCACGAGAAAGAGACGUGCGCUAGUAGAGAUGAAAGCCAGUGCGGAUUGUGCAAAGAAAACUUAACGGAAGACCAUUUGAUGAUUAAACACAAAACAUCUGUAUUCGAGCGUAAAUUGAUCAAUUACAAGUGCAAUUCGGUGUAUUGCGCUUUGUGCGAUCAAUUGUUAAACGAUAUGGAAUUGUACAAGCAUUUCAAAGAUCACCAUUUCAUUGAUGAUGGAUUCAUCUUGAUUAAUAUAGGUUCAAGAAAUGUGAACGAAGACAUCGAUGAAUCUAAUAUGAACAGCGCGGAGAUUGACGACGAAGACUUCGUCUUCGACAACUCUGAUUACAAAUCGGAUUUCAAUCCGAAGUACGUCAAGUUCUGUUUCGACGAAAGGGUUGUCGAUGUAGAUAAUUCAGUUUCAUGCGAUUACUGCAGUGAAGAGUGUGACGAUAAUGCCAGUUUUCUCGAACAUUUAAGCGUUAAACACGAAUUUCAGGUAGGUUGCUACAUUUCGCAAUGCCAACUAUGUUCUUCGACUAAGAAGCAUAUAAUGCGGAAACAUUUGAACAAAUACGAAGAGAUCAGAGCGAAGCCCUACGAGUGCAAGAUAUGCCACAAAUCGAUAUUCGCCAUAGACACGAGGAUUCACAUCUUGGAGAAGCACAGCGAUUCUUUACCCGAUUUGGAUUUGAAGCGUUUCGGUGUUAAGUGCAGAUUCUGUGAGGAAAUGUUCUGGGAGACGGGGCCGAUGGAGAAGCACGAAUUGCUCGAACAUCUAGAUGACAACAAGCAGCAUUUCUUCGAGUGCUCCAAAUGCGAGAACACUUUUUGCAGCUUGGAUAGUCUGAGGAAACACGACGACUGCGAAACGUACACGGACGUCACGUAUCAAUGCACCAUUUGCCAUUUAGUUUACGCGAGUAUUCCGAAGAUCAGGGAACAUUUCAACGAUGAUCAUCCGACAACGUCGUUGUUCUUCUGCCCUUAUCCCGAUUGCGAGAAGAAUUUCACGGUUCUGAGGUACGCGAAACAUCAUAUGAUCGAAAUGCACAAGAGGAAGAACAAAUUGAUGGCUCUCAAGGAGUCCACUUUAGAGUGCAGCAUUUGCGAAAAAAAAUUCACAAAGAUGAACUCACUUAAAAUACACAUGAGCUCUCAUGGGAGAGGUUUCAAGUGCAAGGUCUGUGCAGAGAAGUUCGACACAGUUGAAAGCAGAAACUUCCAUUUCAACAAGGAGCAUUUCGAGGAAUCUCUGUACAGGUGCCAAAUAUGCCAGAAAUCGCAUCCCAGCAAAAGGGCGCUCAACCUUCACCACAAGAUACACCACAUGGAGCACCGAAAGGCCAUCUGCAAAAUCUGCAACAAAGAAGUCGGCAUCGUCUACAUGAAGGAGCACAUGUUGAUCCACAACGGCCCCAUGAUCCAAUGUCCUCACUGUCCGAAGUCUUUCACCGCCAAAUGCAACCUCCGCAGACACAUCAGGUUGCACACGGGCGAAAAACCGUACACUUGCCCCUACUGUCCGAAGACUUUCAGCGACAAAGGAGCGUGCAACAUGCACGCCAACAUUCACACCAGAAAACUGUCGGUCACUUGCGAAGUCUGUGGCAAGGAGUUCAGCAAACAGCAGAAGUUGUUGGUCCACAUGAAACGGCACACGGGCGAAGGUAUGGAGAAAUGCGAGGUUUGCGGAAAAGAGUACACGACCAAUACGGAAUUGCGGAAACACGUGUCCUUGCAGCACAAGGAAUUGCUGGAUCACAACACGCAGUUUAUCUGCCAUUGCGGCAGGUUCUUCACCUCCGAGCGAUUCCUCAAAUUGCACAUAAGCAAAGUCCACGAUCCUACUAAAGAGGUGAAAAAGAGGAACCAACCAAAGAAAAUCAAAUGCUUUCAAUGUCUGCUGUGCCAAAAUUACUAUUCGCUGAGAACGAUCAUCGACAAUCAUCUGAGAACUGUUCACAAAGUGGCGAAAAAGAAAUGUUCAAAGAACAUGCGGCAGUUAAACGCAAGUGAAGCCAUGGUGCUUCAAGCGGAGACGCCUAACAUCUUCGAAGAAGAUGUGAAGACAGAGGAGAUUCCUAAACUCGACGAAGAAGAUGCAAAGAAAGACGAGAUUCCUAAAGUCGACGAAGAAGAUGCAAGAAAAGACGAAGACGAAGAUAAUGUGAAGAUUAAUAAAGUCGAUGAAGAUAACGCUAAAGAAACGGAUACAAAGAGACUCGAUCGUAGAAAGUUGAAAACGCCUUCAAAAUGUACCACAUAAAUUUAAAAUUGUUGUAAUGCAAAUAAAUUAAAAAAAAAACAU